AUGCGAGUCGCUCUUUCGUCUGCCUUUGCUCUGCUAGGGCUCUUCCAACUCGGGGCUUCCUCAAAGAGUGAACACGAUCUGACUGCACCGACCGAUGCUCCGUCCGUGCGACUCCACGUCACCAUGAAGAGAGAAACGAUGAGGUUCCACGGGACGUUGUCCUAUGAUGUCUACGCUACUCCAGUCAUGUCGGCUAAUGGCACGAAUGUCCUCUACGACGGAUACGCCACUUUUCACGACAAGGGGUCCGAGGUCACCUACACGCUCGCAAACGGCGUUGCUUACCUCACGACCAAAGGUGCAAGUGGCAUCGAGACCGUGGAAUGUCUCUCGCACGAUGCACUACCAUUCAGCGAGAUCUUGCCGGCGUUGAAUGCGGUAUCUCGGAUUCCGGGUGCAUCGAUUGGCGAGGAAGCGGUCAAGUGUCCGAGUGGCACAUUGUUCAGAACCUCAUUCGCCGGAACACAGUACGCCGUCUGUGUGUCUGGUCAGGCCGGCUUCACGGCGUUCAGCAGUGACUUGGACAUCGUGGUCGAGUAUCUCGAUCGACAAGAACGUUUUCCGGCACCAAAGCUGACCGAUGGAAAGAGCUCGUGCACACCUGUUGCCCAAGCGACGCCAAUGACGUCGACAGCGUUAGCUUUGAUGCGGGGGCGCGAAUUGCCGUCAAGUGGGACGAGAAUGCUGAAGGAAGCGUCUCACAUGGCGAUGCAGGCGACCAAGUGUCAACCUACGUCGGAACCUCGCCCUUGCAUUUUCUUUCACGGUCUGGGCAGCCCGAAAGAAGCGCCCGAGUUGCAGAACACGACAGCUAUGAUCCCAGACAUGCUCGGCGACAUGAAUGGCCACGCCCCGUUUUGCUCAACGAUCAAGUAUGCCAUAAUCAACACCGACGAUGUUGGAUGGAGGAACGACGCGUUGCAACGGAAAUUCUGCAAGUUUGCUCUCUCCAUGAGCGCUACGAGCGACGUGACCGCAGGAAUGAUCGACAGUACGAUUAUUGUGACACACUCGAUGGGCGGUCUCGUGAUGGCUACUGCAUUAGCAACGGGGAAGUGCAAAUUUUCACCCACAACAUCGUGGGUAGCGCUCAGUCCUCCCAUGGGUGGCAGCAUGGCUUCGGAUUUCAUGAUGGGUGUCUGCGAAAAAGACGGAACGGUCGCGGAGAAUCUUUUUGCCUUGAUCGGUCAUUGUCCAAUGGUACCUUCCCGCAAAUCCACCAUCUACCAAGGCGAGAAGUACAGCACUCCAUUAACGAACAAGGCGUACGUUGCAGCGCAGAAAGCGUACCGUGACAACGUGGCAGCUGCAAUGUGCAGUGACAGCUUUCUCGGCCUUGCUUCCGAGUGGCAAAUCCGAUCUGCCCUUACAGGCAGAAUCUUGCCUCACAAGUCCUUGAAGAACGACGGCCUCGUCGAGUACAAGAGCUGUACGGCCGGGUUAGACGAUGCCAAGUUCGGGAACCACUACCGCGAUCGAUUCUACAGACCGCAGCUGAAUCACGCAGACACCGCGUUCUUGACGGGCGAUGGGGUAUUCAAGAACUCACAAAAGCCAUUGAAAUGGUUCCAAUGUCUAGAACUUUAG